AUGGGCGGGUGCCCCUCAAAGUUCGAGCCUGCAUCUAGUGCGUCGGACGCCGCGUCCAUUGGGCGGCCGGGCGCCGACCUUGAGGCCUGGGCGCGCGCCAGCAAGCUCGCGCUCGGCGGCGCAAAGGGCCCCGUGGUCGGGCAGCCCCUGUCUUCAGAAUGGGGCGGCACCGACGACGGGGCCAGCCGGGACGACGAGCCGGACGAACCGCUACCCACGCUUCAUGGGGACGGCGGCGGCGCGCGCGCCGAGGCGGCGGCGUCGCCGUCGGCGGCGCUGCAUCUGGAACUGCUGACGCAGCUGCAUGAGUUCCAGCAGCAGCUGGCCGCGGCCAGCGACAGCGCGCUCCUGGGGCUGCCAGAGGCGGCGCAGCUCGUGGCGACGCACCUCCGCGCCGACCUCGUUGCCGUGUACGUCUUCACGGGCGCCUCUCCAGGCGCCGCCCUCAUGGCGGCCCACGGCGAGGGCGCGGAGGCGCUGCAGCAGGCGGGGCUGGUGGUGCGCGGCCCAGAGGCGGCUGAGCUGCGGAAGCGCGCCAUGCGGGUACACGUCGUUCUUGAUGCAGCCAAGCGCCAGCCGGGCCCGGCCGCGGCCGUGGCGCUGCCGCGCAUACUGCGGCGGUUGCACGAGGGCGCCGGGCUGCGCAGCUCGGUGCACGUGCCCAUAGGGCCGGCCGCCGCGCCGCUGGGCGUGAUGCUGCUCGCGCAGAGGGAGCCGCACACAUUCGGGGAUCAGUGGCUCCAGGUGCGUCUCCACGCCGCGGCCAUGGGGCUGCUGCACCAUGUGCGGCAGAGCCAGGUGGAGCAGGUGGCGGGGCUGCUGCGGGCCAUGGACGAGGCGCGGGACCCUGUCGGCGUCAUCAGCGCGCUGCUGCGGGAGGCCCGUUUCAUCGUCGACUGCAGCAAGUAUGUGCAGGCCUCCCGCCAGCCGGCCCAGGACGUCUUCACGCGCGCCCCUGACGAGGUGGCGUCCCUGGUGGUCGUGCCGCUCAUGGGCCGGGGCCGCGAGGGCGUGGGGGGCAUGUACUUCGCCCUCGACUCGCCCUACCAGUUCCGGGAGCUGCAGGCGACGCUGCUGGGCUUCGUGAACAGCGUGAGCGGGGUGCUGCGCCAGAAGCUGCUGGCGCGCGCUGACGUCAUCGCCAGGCUCGCCGAGGAGGCCGCCCUCGCCGCCAAGCCUCAGGAGCCGCAGGGCGGCCCACCCAGCGGCCCGCCCAGCGGCCCGCCCAGCGGCCUGCAGCGGCACCGGUCGGCGCCGGACGCGGCGUCGUCCACUUCGGAGCAGCGGCGUGGCCGCAUGGUCGGGGCAUCCGGCCAGCGGUUCAACACAGAAGCGAUGCUCUCG